AUGGUUAAACAAACAGAUAGAGUUCGUGAAUUGAACGAACAAGGAUACAAGAGUGGAAAGAAAUCAGAUCAUAAUAUUUCAGAAUUGAUUCAAUCAAAAGAUCAACUAUGGUUAAUGAAAUUACCAAAGAAUUUUGAUAUAAAUGAUUUGAAUGGAUUACAAUUCACAUCAUCGAUUAAUAAUAUAAAGAGUGAUGGUACAUCGAUUGGAGACAGUAAAUAUACAAUCACACAAGAGAAAAACAUUGAAGAGAUUCAAUCAUUGGUCAAUGUUUGGUAUGAAAAGGGUAGUCAGGGUGAAAUGAAGAUAGGCAUUCCAUUCUCGAAAUAUAUAACCGUCGAAGAGACCAUCGAUAUUCCCGAAACAACCGCCACACUCGAACCAACAAAGAAAACAAUUCAAGAUCUCUCUGAAUUAAAGGGUGCCUUUAGACCACCAGGUGGAAAAUAUCAAUUAAAUAAUACAAUUCCACAAGAUGUUUUGGAAAAGAUGAAUAAGAAAAAGAAGAAAUCAACAUCGACAUCGACUACUUCAACAAAGAAACAACAACCAAAACAACAAGUAGAAGAAGAAGAAAAAUCAAGUAAAAAGAAAAAGUCAUCAAAGAAGGAUGACAAGGAAAAGAAAUCAAGUAAAAAGAAAGAAGAGUCUGAUGAAGAAAUGAAGGAAGUUGCAUCAGAAGAGGAGGAAUCAACUAAAAAGUCAAACAAAAAGGAUAAGAAAAAGAAAUCAUCUAAAAAGGAUGAAUCUGAAGAAGAGGAAGAGGAAAAAGAAACUAAAAAGAAAUCAUCAUCAUCAAAGAAGGAUAAAUCAGACGACAAGAAAAAGAAGAGAAAGGAAAUGGAUGAAACUGACCAAACUCAAGAAAGAGAGAAAAAGAAAAAGAAAUAA